ACCUCUUCCGGGUGCCCCUCCUCCCCAGGUCGCCGCACUGCGGCUGCGCGGGUGCGGGUGUGGGGUGAGGAGGCGUCUCUGAUCCUUUCCAUCUGCCCCGAGGGAGGGGGUGGGGUGAAGCCUGCGCCGCCCCGCCCCUACGCUGCUCCCCUGGGUCUGGUUGUCAAGGGAGGAGAAGCUCCCUGGGCGCCUGCCGGGCCUGCUCGGGCUUCUUUCGUCCCUUCCUUCACUCGUCCAUUCCUGAGCAGCCCUCCCUGGCCUUGAAGCCUGCGUGCUUAGUCGCCAGGGGGAGGAUGAGGAUAUGAAUUUGAUUGAUAUCCUCUGGAGACAAGAUAUAGAUCUUGGGGCAGGGCGUGAAGUGUUUGAUUUCAGUCAAAGACGAAAAGAGCAUGAACUGGAAAAACAAAAGAAACUUGAAAAGGAAAGACAAGAACAACUCCAGAAGGAACAAGAGAAAGCCUUUCUGGCGCAACUGCAGCUAGACGAAGAAACAGGUGAAUUUCUCCCAAUUCAACCAGCCCAACACGUUGAGCCUAGCACAUCUGCCAACUACUCCCAGGUUGCUGAUAUCCCCAAAGCAGAUGGUCUGUUUUUUGAUGACUGCAUGCAGCUUUUGGCAGAGACAUUCCCUUUUGUAGAAGAUGAUGAGGUUUCUUCAGCCACAUUUCAGUCACUUGUUCCGGAUCACAUUGACAGCAAUCCAGUUUUCGUUACUUCCAGUCAAGCUCAACUCCCUGGAUCAACUGUCCUUCAUUCAGUAGAGGACAGCAGUAUGCAGGAUAUAGAGCAGGUGUGGGAGGAGCUGUUGUCCAUUCCAGAGUUGCAGUGUCUUAACAUUCAGAAUGACAAGCUGACUGAGACUACCAUAGUUCCUAGUCCUGAAAUUAAACCAACAGAAAUUGAAAACAGUUACAAUUUCUACACUUCACUCUCGACAAUGGAAAAAGAAGUACCUUCCUGCAGUCCAGAUUUCCUCCAUGCAUUUGAGGACUCCUUUGGCAACAUGCUCCCUGCUGAAGACCCUAUCCAAUUGAGAAUGAACUCUUUAAAUUCAAAUACUGAUUUUUGUGAGGAAUUUUAUUCAACUUUCAUAGCAGAAACAAAUAUAAACAACAGUAUGCCUUCCCCCACCCACAUUGGCCAGUCCCUCUCAGAACUUUUAAAUGAGCCUAUUGAUAUUUCUGACCUUUCACUUUGUAAGGCUUUUAACAGCAACCAUCCUGAAAACAUACCAGAAUGUAAUGAUUCUGACUCGGGCAUUUCUUUGAACACAAGCUCCAACAUGGCAUCUCCAGAACACUCAGUAGAGUCUUCCAUCUAUGGAGACACGCCACUCGGCCUCAGUGAUUCUGAAAUGGAAGAUGUUGACAAUGCUCCUGGAAGCAUUCACCAGAGCAGCACCAGGACACAACCAGUGCCAUUUCAAGAAGAUGUGACCUAUCCAAUGUCUCCUACUCAGGCACCGACCAUUCCAGUGCCUGAUAUGUUGCAGAGUGUAAGCACACCAAAGAAAGAAUUGCCCAUCAGUCCUGGUCAUCAGAAAACCCCAUUCACAAAAGACAAGCAUUCAACACGCCUCGAAUCCCAUUUCACAAGAGAUGAGAUGAGAGCAAAAGCUCUUCAUAUCCCUUUCCCUGUAGAAAAGAUUAUUAAUCUUCCUGUGGAUGACUUCAAUGAAAUGAUGUCAAAAGAGCAAUUUAAUGAGGCUCAGCUCGCACUUAUUCGAGAUAUACGGAGAAGGGGCAAAAAUAAGGUGGCUGCGCAGAACUGCCGGAAAAGAAAACUGGAAAAUAUAGUGGAACUGGAACAAGAUUUAGAUCACUUAAAAGAUGAAAAGGAAAAGCUUCUCAAAGAAAAAGGGGAAAAUGACAAAAGCCUCCAUCUACUGAAAAAACAGCUUAGCACUUUAUAUCUUGAGGUCUUCAGCAUGCUACGAGAUGAAAAUGGAGAGCCUUAUUCCCCUAGUGAGUAUUCCCUGCAGCAGACAAGGGAUGGAAAUGUAUUCCUUGUUCCCAAGAGCAAGAAACCUGACAUUAAGAGAAAUUAGAAUUGGGAGGAUUUGCCCUUUACUGAAGUAGUGUUUUUGUACUGUUUUACUAAAAGCUCCUACUGUGAUGUGAAAUGCAUAAUUAAGUGAUGUUUUAUAAAAAAAAAAAAAUUCUAUGCAAAUAUAUAUCCAAAAUAG